AUGCGUCUUCACUCUACUAUUUUGGGUCUCCUGCUUCUCGUUGCAGACCAAGCCACAUCCGUCGUCGUCCGGUAUGACUGGAACAUUACGACGCUCAACACAACCAUGUUUGAUGGCGUGAGGGGUGCUCUUGGAUAUGGCAUCAACAAUGAGCCGUGCAACCUACAUCCAAUUGAGGUCACGUUGGGUGACGAAGUAGAGGUUCACGCGACAAAUAAACUUACGGAACAGACGUGCAUUCAUUGGCAUGGUUUGAGACAAUUUGGUACGCAAGAAAUGGACGGUGUCUCUGGUAUUACUCAAUGUCAGAUCCAACCCAAUGUGACGGCCAUCUACCGGUUUACGCCUGACAAGUGUGGCACCUUCUGGUACCAUGGUCACGAAGAGGUACAAUACGCCUAUGGCCUCCGUGGAGCACUCAUUGUUCACUGUCCGCCCGAAAAGAAGCAGAGCUGGGAGAAGGACGUAUUUAAAGAGUACACGGUCCUACUCGCCGACUGGUACCACGAUUUGCCUGCGGGUGCCCCCAUUUGGGAUACCGUAUUGAUUAACAACGUCGGACGGUACAAUUGCACCGUGGCGGUAGCUACCGGCUUGGAGUGCGGCCCUGGACGUCCACUUCCUCGGUUUAAGUUUGUGCCUGGAAAAAAGUACCUGCUUCGACUGAUCAACACGUCGGCCAUGGCAGCGUUCAACGUCAGUAUUGACGGACAUACCUUCCAGGUCGUAGCAGCUGAUGCCGAAUAUCUCGAGCCUUCAACGCUUAUCAAUACAGUGACGAUGAAUGUUGGCCAACGCUACGAUAUCCUUGUCCAAGCCAAGUCAGCUCCGUCUCAAAACCAAGUGCAAGUUAGCCAGAUGGCGCCACUAGGUUCCUUCUGGCUGCGCGUUCACUCGCUUUUUGGCCUUCCAUGGACAGCUCGCUUAGCUGAAGAAGUUCCGGAAGGGUUCAACCCUGACGCACUUGCUAUCAUUGAUUACCAAAGAGGAGCAACUGCAGACCCGACCACGUCGAACUGGGCGACGGUUGUGGCAAUUGGCGAGUUUGACUACAUUCCAGCGGUUCCAGUAGUGCUUCCGACAAUACCCGACCAACGCGUUUUGGUGGAGUUCACUCUUGCUGUGCUACCCCCGAAUCCAGAUCGGUUUCUCGGAUACAUCUCUCUUGACGAAGGAGCCUUUAGUUCGAUGGUGAUCCCCGACAGUCCACCGCUUUUCACGAUCGCAGAAGGCGCAGAUACCGAAGACCUCCCGACCACAGCCAACGCCAUCAAAUUGAAGCACAACGACCACGUCGAAGUUGUGGUCGUGAAUGAGACGCCCGACCAACAUCCGUUCCACCUCCACGUCCACUCGCCAUGGAUUGUCGGAAGUGGCUACGCCUCGCGCGAUGCGAUCAUUGCGGGCAACUUGACGACGUUGCGACUCAAUGGACCCAUGCAGCACGACGUUUUCACAGUGCCAGAGUGCAGGACAGAUGCCUCGGGGGCUUGUACAGAUUUGGGUUUCGUUGUCUUCCGUAUAAACGCCGAUAAUCCGGGAGUGUGGCUCAUGCAUUGCCACAUUGAUUGGCAUUUUGUACUUGGUUUGUCUAUGCUAUUUGUAGAAGCAGAGGAUGUUCUUCAGGACGAAGGCUUAGCAGCUUUCUCACCCAAUAUGAUUCUAAGUGUGUGUAGCGGAGCUGGAAACUUCACCCUCUAG